UCAUGGGGAACCAGUUGGAGGUCGCAAACUUGUAUCCUCCACAACUGUGAAGGUGUGACCUGGAUCCUCGUUAGAAACUUGGAUCUGCUCUGUGUUCCGGUGCAUGUAUCAAAAAUAUUUUACAACGAAUAUCAAUUCUUCUGGUCUGCCACCGAGAUAAGUUGUCAUUUAUGUCACCGCCGUCCCGAAUUCACGGUUCUCACGCCAGCUAUCUCUUCCCAGUGACGCCACAGAAGCACCUCAGGAAUCAGUGGUCGACGUCGCUGAAAGUCAUUGUCAUUUACUUGAAGCAUCGCAGGACUCCACAGACAAUAGUCAUGCCACUCUUCCUCUUAGAUCUCAAGAAUUGCGUGCUGCAAAACACUCGGUCUCUUAAUUCUCGCUUGAUUCAGCAGAGGUGCGUCUGAGGUGGUCUAUUAGAGCUGGUCUAAGUUUCGCAAAUUGCUUACGAAGAAUUUCUGCUGCAGUAGCAGCAUGAAGUCUUCGACGGGGAAAAUCUUGGAGCGAAUCCCAGCCUCGGGGACAUGUUUUAGUGUGGUUGCGGUGUUGGUCAUUCUGAAUUGCCUUCUUCUAGGAUUUCAAAUCUCUUCCAAUGCAGGGAGAUACGAGAGUACAUGGUGGCUGGCAUCAGCUCCCCCGAUGGCUUGCACCAAUGCUUCGUUCGCUCUGGACGAAAAACUCAACAUGUCCAGUAUCGAUCUCUCGAAAGGGGAGGUUCGCAGCUUCCGCGCUCACGGGGUCGCAUCGCGCUUAAUUAUUGAAGUGGGCUCCUACAGGAACGGUCCCCGCACAUUCUCGUCAGUGGUGAUGACAAGCAAACUCCUCAACGAAUUGCACGAUAUUACCCAUGAAUGCGAGUGGGUUACUUCAGACUCCAAAGCUCUGAGAGUGAAGGCCAUGGCGAUCAAGCCCGACUGGAAUAUGGGAAGAUUAUAUGGUACGAUGGUGCUCGUGUGCAAUUUUCCACGAGAUGUUGGGACUGACGCAGAGGGUGGGCAGAUGAUUCUCACUGCGGGCUACUCGGAUUCCUACCGCAUUCCAGAGAGAUUUGUUGCCCUUACAGAGAUGAGAGGCGAAUACAGCGCAAGCCACUUCCAACAGCCAUAUUCCUAUGACCUGGCAUUUUGCGGCUCCCCGUUGUAUGGCAACAUCAGUCCUCAGCGGGUACGGGAGUGGAUUGCGUACCAUGCCUGGUUCUUCGGCAAUCGCACGCUCUUCAUGUUUCACGACGCCGGGGGCAUCCACGAUGACGUCUACCGCGUCUUAAAGCCAUGGAUUGACCUGGGUCGCGUGCAAGUUCAGAAUCUGCGGCAGGCAGAGGUGUAUGAAGGCUAUUAUCACCACCAAUUCACGAUAUUGAACGACUGCUUGAUGCGAUCACAGACCCUCGCUAGCUGGACCUUCUUCUUUGACAUCGAUGAAUACUUGUAUAUCCCUGAGGCACACAGCCCGAGAGCCAUUCUCAAUCUUUUGGCAGAGCAGGCUCGCAACAAUGUCACGCAAAUCCUCUUCAAGAAUAUUAAAAUUUCGGACGCACUCUGCGAGAAGAGCAACAAAACUACCACUGAAGCCCAAUCCAUGGCCAAGCAAUCAAGGAAAUGGGCUUUCGAGAAGCUUGUGUACGCAGACUGCAACUACGGCUGGGAACCGGUGGAGUCACGCAAAUACGCACUCCAGCCACAGCUUGUGUGGGCGACCGGGGUGCAUUACUCCGAACACUUGAAGCAAGGCCACUACAUCACUAUGGACCCAACUGUGCUCCGCUCGUACCACUACCACAACACCCUCAACGGCCGCUGGGAAACCUGUAAGGAUUUUCCCCAGCACCCCAACGGUGGGCCCAACUCCGUCAACGUGACGAACUGCACUACCGAUCACGCCAUGUUAUCUUUCGCACCCGCUGUGAAGAGUUACGAGCUCGCCACCAUCGGCGAGCAGCCCUUCUUGCUAUGACAGUUCCAAAACUUUCAAGUCCUGGGAGCGGCGAGCCAACCCACAGUCAAACAGUUUUGCAUGUCCACGACACCGAUAUCAAUGUUUCUAAUUGAAUUGCGCUCCCUUCCGCUGAGAAUUGUCGGCGUCGAGUGCCCAGAGGAGUAAUAAUGUGUACAUUAAGGAUUGGCAACAUGGCAUCGAUCGAACAAUCGUCGAUCAGAUGAAGUAAUCGGAAUCUAAUGCGACCCGAUCUGAUGCAGCAGAUGGGGUGUGAUUCUCGUUGUCCGAACAGCGGAUUUUCCUCAGCCGAAGCUGUGGAUUCAUGCAACAUCGUUGGAAUUCCAUGAGUUGGGGGCUCGGUGAUCGUCUUUGUCGAUCACUUGCAGAAUUGGACCAGAUCUGUCACUCAAAAGCCCAUGUAAUUAUUCUUCAUGUUCUUAUUGAUGCAUUGUAUCACUUGUAGUUACCAACUUGCUUGCUUCUA